AUGGAGACCAUCAGCAGACUCACCCAGCUCUACUCCGACACCAAGAAGAUCGGGGACGCCGUCGUCGAGCAAGACACCAAAGACACGCCCGAGUCGCAUGCGCUCCACCGGAAGUUCAGAAUCCAGAAGGAUCGGCUGAUAACAUGGGGCGUCGACUGGAGCGACAACUCCAAGGGCACGCAGGGAGACAUUGACAAGAGCGUGGAGCAGGCUGGCCUCACUGAAACGGUUACGAGCGUGCUUGGUACCAUCAAAGAGAUUCUAGACGAGGCAGAGAGAAUGCAUCCAGGAGCACCUGUCACAGGAGGAAAGAUUUUGUCGGGAGAGAAGAGCAGGCCUGACCCUCCCUCGUGGGCGGCCGCCGACCGGUCACGUUACGAGGACCUCAUCAAGGACCUCACGACGUCAAUAGACAUCCUUUACGAUCUGUCGAGGACACGGAGAACACAACGAGGAAGCGACCGCGGUGUCAGUCCAGGCAAAGCCGCCUCCGAACAGCCACGGCCAGCAACAUCCACGUCCGUAUUCCUCUCCGCCGACUACAGCGCUUCCGACCUCACGCUCGUCAACCCAGCAACAUUUCCACUCAAUGCUCAUGCGCCCCGCUCAAACCUCCCCCCCAAGCUGGACCCGUCCGAUCUGGUUCUGCCAGAAGAAGAACCACCGCCCUACGAGAGCGUUGGCAAGUCUUCGAGUCAAGUCAUUGGUCGACUACGCUCCCGACACAGCUCGACAAACCCUUGGAAGACUGAGGGAAGCAGGACGAUAGAGACAUGUGUGCUGGUCGAGUAUGCGACGUACGACCCCACAUACCGCUUUACUGAAGUCUCUCCACCUACAGACCGCUUGGAACGCCUCUUGUCGAUACUGACAAAGCUGUCAAACAAUCACUCCUUCCACGGGACACUCCACUGUCUAGGAUACUUUGAAGAUCCAAAGCAACCGCGCUUUGGGCUAGUCUUCGAACUGCCAACCUCUGUCUACGCAGGACCCGCCGACUCACACAAGCCUGCAGAGGAGUUGAGACCCGUGACACUACUCAGUGUUCUUCAAACAGGCUCAAAGUCGCUGCACAACUCUAACAGCGCUACCCCACCGCUGGAGGACCGUUUUCGUCUCGCCUUCACACUUGGCCUAACUUUCAGCAAAAUUCAUGGUGAUAACUUUGUCCACAAAGACGUCAACAGCAGUAACAUCCUGGUCUUUAAGAAUAACAAGAGACAGUCAGCCAACAGCAGAGCUCUGCAAUAUUCUCUUCGCUCCCCGGUUAUAUGCUCGUUUGAUCUCUUUUCUGAAUACGACAUUGAACCGACCAACGCAAUGCCAACACUCAACAUCUAUCGCCAUCCAGAAGACCCCAAGUUCACCGGGCUCAAGAACGCAACCUAUAGCCCGCAGUUCGAUAUGUACAGCUUAGGUCUGAUAUUGCUCGAGGUCGGCCUGUGGCAGCCCCUAGCGGACCUAUGGAAGCCAAAAUAUACCUUGAAAGACUUCAAACAACGGAUAGAAGACGUAUACAUCCGUCGCCUAGCAUCUAAGUGCGGUACGGCUUACAUGCAAGUCGUUCGUGACUGCUUCUGGGCAGCCGACUCCAAGGGCGAAAAUGUACAGGAUCUCUCCCAGCUGUACAAUCGUAUCAUCAUCCGGUUGCAAAGGUGCUGUAUGCUCGAUGAAUCCGAGCCUGGCUUUGAUUCGAGUGAGCUUAGGCCAGGUGCUACGCCUAUCCAACAGUCAUCCCCGCUCAAGCGCAAAAGUAUCAGCCAGCCUCAGAUCGCAGCAGACAUUCCAGCAACUCCUUCAUACCGGAGCGCAAAGCGAUGGGCGUUUGAGAAGGGGUCACAAGCCCUGGAGCGAACCAAGUCAUUGUCAAAAUCAUCACCAAAGCAAUCUCCUGACCUCUCUUUGUCGCGGGACCCGUCGCAACGUUCACAGCACUCUAUUCGAAAAAGUAUUUCGGAAAGCAUACGCUUAAUGAGCCCGAAACAGGAGGCCCCGGAGCCAAUGGAGUGGGAGCAGCAGGAGCGUGAUCCGCUUGAAGAGUCCGGCACUCUUGUUGCGACUCCGCCAGAUUCACAAGAUCGAAGUGAUACCUCGUCUUUGUAUAGAGAGCGUGUUGUGACAGCAGCAUCAACGAUACAGCGCGCGUGGAGACAUUCAAAAAUCCCGUCACGUGCUUCUUCACAGCGAAGUAUGACGUUACGCGACUACAAAGAAAAGAUCACCGUGAUCCAAAAAGCUUGGCGAGAGAGCAAACAGAAACGAUCGAACACGAUCGAAGCUCUUCUGACCGACGGUAUUCGCCACUGGCCCCAAGCCACGCUUGGCUAUCCUACACCGGAACCCGAAAUGCGAAGCAUCGAACAGAGCGAAGGCUGCAUCACGUCCUCUAUACAAAUACAGACAGAUAUGGACCCCACUUCACGCCCAAAGCUUCGACUAUUCCCAGUCAAAUUUGCGCCAGCGAUUGUAGAUGAAUGGCAUACAACGAUGCUGCCUCGCCUUGAGCGUCUCAUUGAGCGCGCACUCAAAGAGUCUGAUGAAACGAUAAGCAUCGAUCUCGUGGCGAUCGGCGAAACGCCAGAGAAGUCUCACCCGACGAUAUUCGUGACCUGCAGCAGCGUUACCAAGGUCAAGACCAUUCUUGCCCGCCGCUUCCGUUAUGACGCGAAUGCCUACGAUCUCAAGGUCCGUCGGGGAAAGAUCCGACGGUCUAAGAUGAGCCGCUCCUCGCGGCGAGUACGACCUCCGCAUCGUUCGAUGAUGAAUACCGACAACUACAACGGCGACAUGGCUGUCAUGAAUCCAUUUCACCAGCCACGACCCCUUUGUGGUGCAUCCAUCGGUGCGUUUAACAACGAUGAACAUCUACCUCCAGUCUCAUAUGGUGGAGUAAUCCUUGUUGAUGACGAACCACUUGGCAUGAGCGUGCACCACCUACUAGAUGCCCCCUCGGAUGACGAGAGCGAUGCAGGUGAUGACAUCGACAGCCCAUACCCAAACAGUGUUGUUCUUUCUAGUGCGGCUAGCAAUAACAACCCGUGGUUGAUGGGCAUGGGCGAGCAGCCUGGGCUUCAUCUCGACUCCGAUGAGCCUGCGGCGAUGUGGGACCUAGAGCUCUCUGACGACGAAGAUAUGAAGAGCGAUGAAGACGCUCAAUCUUUCGACUUGUCAGAUUCUGAGUUCGACUCGGAUGAUGAGUCUGAUCAUGAAGCUAUGACUGACUCGACCCUGUCGCGGGCUACCACAGGGGAUAUUAAUGGCAUCGGGCUAGGGGAGGGUGAAGACAUCAAGAUCACACAACCAGCUAUCGAUGAUGUGGACGACGACUUCUUCCCUAAUGACGAGGACCGGAAUGACGAUCAUCUAUCUUCCCAUGAGUUGGGCCAUAUUCACGCGUCUUCUGGUAUCCGACGUUGGAAGCGUGACGGCAUCUUACACGAAAUCGACUGGGCUUUACUUAAGCUUAAUGAGGAUCGUUUGCAACCGUAUAACAUCUGCCAAGGAGGCCGCAGAUUUUGCUUUGGCCCACCAAAACCAGAUCAAAAAGAGAUUUCUGCAAAGCUAGAACAGCCAGUAAAUCGGCGUCACUACAGUCCAGAGGAAGACGAGUACCCAAAUGGCAUCGCCAGCGCGGAGGGUCUCGGUGGUCUCAAUGUGCACUGUUUUGGUCGAACAACCGGUCUGCAAGGGGGGAUGAUCUCCUCGACCAUGAGCGCUGUCCGCAUCUACCGCCGCAAGACAUUCUCUCGCUCGUGGUCCGUUGCAGGCGGCUUUGGCGUCGGUGGUGAUAGUGGAGCAUGGAUCGUGCAGAAUGGAACCCAUAAGGUCAUUGGACAUGUUCUCGCAUGGUGUCAAAGAAACCACAUCGCGUAUCUUUGCCCUAUGGAGGUCUUACUCGAGGACAUCAAGCGAACUCUCGGCGCGAAACGCAUCUAUCUUCCCGGCUCUACCGAGCAAACACUCUACACCUGCAAGCAGAAGAACAAGCACUCCACCAAGGCACAGGGCGGAGCUACCGCCGAGAUCGACGAUCUAGAAGUGGGCGUACAAGGCCUCGGAUUAGGCAUAGUUGACUCCGCGGUCGACAUGCGCUCACAUUUAAGCUCCGCCCCGCCUAGUGGAGCACCAAGCGGCUCGUGGAUGCGAGGCGGCAGACAGAGCCAUUCCAUGUUGAACACAAGUGGCGAAUCGGAUAAAGAGAAUUUGCCCGUUUUGCGAAGUAGAAUCAUGAAGGUCAAAGAGGGACGGGACAUGCAGCUGGAGAUGGCUAUCGUGCCUUAG